GGUAAAGCCCACGCUGAGAACCCAGAAGGACUCUCCUGUCUCUUGGAACACGGGGAACCCUGUGAAAGACCUGCAUUGUGGGGCCUACUGGAUCCUUCUGGAAGUGGGUAAGAUGUGAGAAUCUGGGGCAGGUCGUUGUGAGGCAGGCUGGGAAGGAGACCUGGGAUUAAAUGCCUGGGUCUGCUGGUAGAUUUGGAGAAGACAGGGUGCCCAUCGGUCUAGGUUUGUCUGAGAUAGGAGGGUUUGGGGAAUCUGGGUCUUCCAGUGCAAAAACCAGGACAGGUCUGGGCGACUGGGUACUGUGAUGGAGCUUCUGAGCUUGGGAAUGGCCCUCUUUCCCUAACAUUUAAAUCUCACCCCUUUUUCUAGUUAUUCUCUGUCCCCUUUUCUCCCAGGACCUCCCCCCUUUUUAUGUGUAUGAGUGUUUUGCCCACAUGUCUGUUUUUAUCAUGUGUAUAGCUGGUACCCAUGGAGGAGGUCAGAUGCCCUGGAAUUGGGGUUACAGACAGUUGUGAGUUUGGGUGCAGGGAUCUGAACCCGGAUCCUCUGGAGUAGCAGUCAGUGAUCUUAAGCCCUGAGCCAUCUCUCCAGGCCCUGUCUCCCCACCAUUCCCACCUCCUUUUGCAUUUUCCUGCCCACAGGGUCUCCUGGGCUCCCGGCCUGAAUCCUCAAGGAGCUGGGAUCUUCCAUGCCUUGGGGAGGAUGAAGACUCGGGCCUGCUACCAGCCCCGUCUCCUAAAAGGGAAAAAGAAAUGGUUUUUGCGGACCCUCAGUGGCUUCCUCUUCCUGUUCUCAGUGGCCAUGACUGGCUGCUUCCUAUGGCAGUACCACCUCCCCAAGCUGCAGAGCGGUUCCUUGAAGCCAGAGGUGACCCCAGCCCCAGUGAAGAUGUGUCCCCGGCACCCUGAGCUUGUGCCUCUGGCUCACCCCCUUCCGGUGCUGAAGGAGGCCUUGGAGAAGGUGGAUGGAAUUCUGCGCAAGGCCAUGCUGGCCCCAGGCCUGGCUGCCAUGUCCGCUCUUGUCAUCCACAACGACACCGUGCUCUGGACUGGGAACUUCGGAAGGAAGAAUGGCUCAGAUCCAAAUUCUGGAACCCCUAAUGAGUAUACUAUGUACCGGAUUGCCAGCAUCUCCAAGAUCUUCCCCGUGCUUAUGCUGUAUCGCCUGUGGGAGGAGGGCAUCGUGGCCUCCCUGGACGACCCUCUGGAACGCUAUGCCAGCACCUUCUCCAUCAACAACCCGCUGGGCAAGGCCCAAGACCCAGAACCACAGGGCCCAGUGGGGGAGCUUGAAGAGAUGGGCUCCCUCCCGAGGCCUUCUUCUGUCACUCUGCGGAGGAUGGCCAGUCAGCUGUCAGGACUUCCCCGAAGGCUGCGGGGCACUUCGCUGCUGUGGAAAGGCAGCACCCAGGAGGCUCUGAGCCUGCUCAGGGAUGAUGUCCUGGUGGCUGACCCAGGAACCAGAUGCCACUACAGCACACUGGCCUUCUCGCUCCUGGCCCAUGUGCUGGCUGCGCACACGGCACAGGGCGACUACGAACGCUGGGUAUCUGAGCAGGUCCUGGAGCCGCUGGGGAUGAGCGAUACUGGCUUUGCACUGACCGGAGCUGUGCGCUCUCGCCUGGCUGCCGGCUUCUAUGGCAGCGGCCGGUCCGCGCCACUCUAUGAUCUGGGCUGGUACCGGCCAUCCGGCCAGAUGUACUCGACGGCUGCAGACCUGGCCAGGCUGGCGGCCGCGCUACUGGGUGCAGGGCCCCGACGGCUGCUGCGGCCCGACAGCCUGGCCACACUGCUGUCACCGCUGCGCGCCUGUGCCCACGGCUACUUCGCUCGCGAAACCGGCACACCUUGGGAGUUCCACGAGCGGCGCGGAUACCGAGUGGCGCGCAAGGACGGCGACCUGGACGGCUACGCCGCCAGCCUGGCACUCGUGCCACCGCUGCGCUUAGGGUUUGUGCUGCUGCUGGCUGGGCCGCGCCCACCCACGGGCGACCUGGUAGCCGACGCUCUGGACACGCUGCUGCCUGCUCUGGAGCGCGCGUUGCGCGAUGCUGACCGCGCCCCCGCGCCCCCGCCCCGCGCGCGCCCGUUCUCUGGCUUCUUCACCUUCGCCAACCGCACCUUCUACGAGGUGCGUGCCGCGGGGCCGCGGGGCGAGCUGCGCUUGCGCCAGUUUGGGCCGCGCGUGGAGGCGCUCGUGCCUGCUGCCUUCCGAUCGCUCGCCCUGCGCCACGUGCGCGGCCGCGUCUUCCAGCUGCACGUGGCGCGCGAGUUCCCAUGCACGCUGCCGCUCGCAGAUGCCUGGCUGUCUCUGGAGGCGCAGCACGGGCAGCUGGUGCGUUUCUACCCACUGGAUCGCCACGGUCUGGCGCCAGGCUUCGACGUGCCGGGACUCAACACUUACGGCGUGCUACGCUUGCAGCGCAGGCCGGUGUUCGGCUCCCAGUAAGCUGGG